UUGUUUGUUUACUUACUAGUUUUAGAUUACUAUAUAAACGCCCUUCUCCUCAGCCAAAAUCUUCAGUUAGGAAGAUUUUUGCUGGCAGAGCUAAUAAACUUGUUCGAUAACAUAUUCAUUAGUAUCACCAGGACGUUACUAAAGAUAUAUCACUCCAGAUAUUAGUGACUUAUUUAAAAGCAUCCAGCUUGACGAUUCAAGCAACUAUAACUGUAUUCCACUCUCACACUUAUUACUAUACGGAGUAUUUUCCCGUGACAGUAUUAAAAAUAAAUUAUCUUCCUAACUGCAGUGGAAUUGUUAGAUCUGAAUACCCAAAUCCAUAAGGCAGAAUGUCUCAAAACGAAUUGAGUCCAAAUACAAUCAGCAAAUAUUUUCAACAAUGCGAAGAGCAUAUGAAUGAGUUAACGACUAGAAUGAGUCUAGUGACGCAAGAAAUGAUUGAUAUGAAGAAAGAAAAAGAACAAUCAUCCCAAAUGGAAAUUGAUGAAGAUUACAUAUCCGAAGAAAAUACUGACAUUAUCAAAAUGACUAUAAGAGCUUAUGGAGAAAACGCUCAGGCAUAUAUUUCACGAUUAAAUCAGAAAGAACCCGACUUAUAUGACUCUGAGAAAGAAUCGACAAAAGUCUUUUUAAAGAAAUUAGAAAAUGUUUUCGAAUUGUUACCAUUGGUAUUCGUUUCAGAUCGAGAGAAAAUAGGAUAUCUUUAUAACAGAUCUCCUGAAAAUCUUAAGGAAAAGAUAAAAGAAUCCGUUAAGAAACCGGGACCACAUAGAACAUUCAAAAAUAUUUAUAAUCAAGUUUAUUCGAAAGAACAAUUUUCGACUUGGUUGACUCAAUUACAUGCAGUCAUGGAUCAAGCAUUGAAACUUGAAGUAAAUACGAAAGAGUACAGACAUUGGUUCGAAGAAUUAGAUAACGAAACAAGAUUCAAAAUGCAUCUUUUCAUGGUACAUCCUUUUGCUAUAAGAAAAGAACUUCUUAGAAACAAUUAUGAAACUGGUGAUUAUGACAAGUCAAUAAGCACCACGAAAGAAAAGUUUCGUUACGGCAAUUCCCGAAGAUAUGAGAAACAUAAUGGACGAAUAUUUUCAAAUUCGAAACCCUUAAACAAAAGGUUUCCUAGUAAAGACGAAUUUAAGAAAAGCGAGAACGAUAAACCAAAGUAUAAGAAGUCAGAAUGACUAGAUGAUCGUUAUCCAGUACAACAAGCCGAAACAAUUGUUGUAAACCAAAUCCGUGAUACUUCAUCAGUGUCUCAGAAGGGGGGACGCUCCCAAUUUAAAAAAAUCAAAUUAGAUAAUUUGGAAACUGAAGCACUUAUGGAUUCUGGAGCAGAUGUAUCUCUGUUAAGAGAGGAUUUAGCGAAGCAAAUCACACGGGAAUUUGAUAAAGAAGACCGAACAUUUGUAGGCAUAACUAAACACAUUCUAAAAGUUACUGGAAAGUUAACAUUACCAGUGGAAAUUCGAGGAAGAAAAUACCACGAAACAUUUACUAUAUCGCCAAGUAUUGAAGAAGACGCCAUUAUCGGUUGGUCAUUAAUUGAAAAGAUGAACAGAUUAGAAGGUUUAAGCAAAAUUGAAAUAAAAGAAAGCCACGAUGAGAAUUUUAAGAAAAAUGAGGAAAUUCAAAAAAUUUUGAAACCUUUUUCAGAAAUUUUUGAGGAACCUACUAGGACUCCUUUACCUGAACACUCAGAGAGUGAUUUAAAGAUAGAAUUAACAGAAGAAUUACCAACGUAUUCGCCAAAAUUAAGACCUUAUACACAGAAGGAAAGAGAAUGCAUAAAGGAAAAGACUGACGAAUUAUUAAAGCAAGGCAGGAUUCGUCGAAGUUCUUCAAAGUUUUUAUGUGCGCCAUUGAUUGUUCCAAAAAAGGGAACAGAUAAAUAUAGAAUGGUAGUAAAUUACAAGCCUUUAAAUGCAAUAACAAAAAGGGAUAAAUAUCCGAUACCUAACUUCGAAGAAAUUAUAAAUUGGUUAAACGGAGCCAGAGUUUUCUCAACAUUAGACUUGAAGGACGCAUAUCAUUUAUUAAGAAUCAGGGAAGGAGAUGAGUAUAAAACUGCUUUUAGAACACCUUUCGGAUCAUUUGAAUAUACAGUUAUGCCAUUUGGCCUGACAAAUGCCCCGGCAAAUUUUCAACGACACAUAAAUGGAAUAUUACAUCCAUACAAUGGCAUUUUCGUGAUUAUCUAUUUGGACGAUAUUCUCAUUUAUUCUUCGUCAAUAGAAGAACAUCGUUCACACGUGCGAAAAGUUUUGCAAAAACUGCGUCAAGCAAAUUUAUAUUUAAAUGCGGAAAAGUGUCAAUUUUUUCAGAAUAGAGUGAAAUUUCUAGGUCACAUAUUUUCCGACGCGGGUAUGGAAGUGGACAAGGAACGAAUUCAAGCAAUCACCAAUUGGCCGCAACCAAAUACUCUUAGAAGAUUAAGAUCCUUCUUGGGUUUUGUUAAUUAUUCUAGGCGAUUUAUGCCUAAUUUAUCAAGAUUGGCUAGACCGCUAUAUGACUUAACAAAGAAAAAUGUAAAGUUUAAAUGGACAGAUCGUCAUCAACAGGCUUUCAUUCAAGUAAAGCAAACACUUGAAAAUGUAUCAAUUCUAAGUCAUUAUAAACCAGGAAGAGAAACUCUAAUGGAAACGGAUGCUUCUGAUUAUGGUAUAGGAGCUAUUCUAUCACAAAAACAGGAUGACGAGAAAUUCCAUCCGAUUGCGUUCCAUUCCGCUUCAUUUACCGACCAACAAAAGAUAUGGUCAACAUGGGAAAAAGAAGCGUAUGCCAUCAUAACAUCGCUCCGCAAAUGGUAUCAUUUUCUAGCAGAUACGGACAAACCGUUUAAAAUCCUAACAGAUCACAAAAAUUUGACGUCUAUGUUCACGAACAUACGUACAGACACUAGGCCAAAAAUAAAUAGGUGGGCAGCGGAAUUAGAUUCUUAUAACUUUGAAAUUCAAUAUCGACCUGGACGGAAGAAUGAACCAGCUGAUGCUUUAUCUCGCAGAGAUGAUUUAAAAACUCAAGUUAUCAAUCGUGUUUUAGUAACCGAUGGCAUCACGAAUAUUUUUGAUUAUUUAAGGAAAGAAUAUGACCGGCAUCCAGAAUUUAAGGUUAUUCUUGAUGGUAUAAAUGAUAGUUCCAAUUUUUUGGUACGAAAUGGCUUAAUUAUCAACGAACUUGGUCAAGUCGUAAUCCCAAAAGUUCCACAAUUAAUUCAGGUUAUCUGUAACAAAUUUCAUGAUCAACCAACUUCAGGAGGUCAUCGUGGAAAAAUAUCUACUACUAACCGCAUCAGAGAAAAAUUUUACUGGAAAGGUAUGACAGUUGAUAUACAAAAUUAUGUUAAAAAUUGUAACAUAUGCCAAAAGUAUAAGACGCGCAAUCACAAACAAUAUGGAUAUCUGCAACCUUUGCCAAUAGCAGAAAAGCCUUUCAGUCAUAUUUCCAUGGAUUUUAUCACAGGACUACCAAAGUCUCAAGACAACGACGCGAUUUUGACUAUCGUAGACAGGUUUACUAAGAUGGCUUGGUUUAUACCAUGUAACACAUCAGUUACAAUGGACGAUUUAAUAAAAAUAUUUAAUGAUCGAUUCAUCGGAAAUUAUGGUUAUCCAACUGAUAUUGUUUCCGAUAGAGGAUCCGUUUUUACUUCCGAGAAAUGGCGACACUUUGCGCACAGUCAUCAUAUAAACCUAAGUUUGUCAUCAGGAUAUCAUCCACAAACAAAUGGACAGACCGAAAGAGUAAAUCAUAUACUCGAAAAUUAUCUUCGUUGUUACAUUAACAAACAAUCCGAUAAUUGGGUAAGUUAUCUUCCUCAAGCACAGUUAUGCUAUAAUUCUGCACAACAUUCUGCUACGAAGAUCGCACCUUAUACAGCCGCCUUCGGAAGACCAGCAAUAACAAACGAUUGGGAUAUUAAAAUGAUAGAAGAAACAGGUAUAACCCUAACACAAGAUCACAUAUAUACCGCUGAACAAAUACAUGAAAGGAUUAAUCAUAAGAAUAAAGAAUAUGCGGAAUAUUAUAAUCGGAAAAGAAGUCGUGCCCCUGUUUUCAAACAACAUGAUUUAGUUUUGGUGAAAAAAGGCAAAGUCGGAUUUUUUCACCAACAACAUAAACUCGAUUCAACAUAUGCAGGACCAUUUAGAGUCGAAGAAAGAGUUGGAGAUCACAAUUAUACCUUAAGCUUUCCAGAAAACAUUCGACGACGUUAUCCUUCUAGUUUUCAUGUUUCUGAACUAGAACCUUUCAAUGAUGAUCUUACUUAUAACAAUUUCAAACAAACCAUUCAGAUAGAUGGAAUUUUAGACGUCGACGAUUUUAAAAAUCCAUACCUUUAUUUAUGCUUAUACAACAAACGUCUUACCAAUGAAAAAUUCCAGACUACAGCCUGGAUUCCGCAAGACAUCGUCCAUAACUUAGCCGCCGAUAAAUUAAAUGACUUUACUCAACGCGCUUCUGCAUCACAGGAACCGCAAUGACUAUAAGAUUCUCCCAUAACCAACGGAGUGGUAGAAUCUUAGGACGGGAGGUGUCAGAGCAACCACUAAUAUUAUUACAAAUUAUUUUGUAAUGAUUAUGCUAUGGAGUAUAUUACUAUAUAUCAUUGUUUACAAACAAUCAAACUGGGAAAACAGACGGAAAGUGUAACCAAUCAUCAAGAUAUAGUUAAACCUUAUUGUUUGUUUACUUACUAGUUUUAGAUUACUAUAUAAACGCCCUUCUCCUCAGCCAAAAUCUUCAGUUAGGAAGAUUUUUGCUGGCAGAGCUAAUAAACUUGUUCGAUAACAUAUUCAUUAGUAUCACCAGGACGUUACUAAAGAUAUAUCACUCCAGAUAUUAGUGACUUAUUUAAAAGCAUCCAGCUUGACGAUUCAAGCAACUAUAACUGUAUUCCACUCUCACACUUAUUACUAUACGGAGUAUUUUCCCAUUUUCCCGUGACAUUUAAUUCCCUUGAAAUACAUAAUUAUACGGUGUAGGAUUUCUGUCAUGACAUAAUUAUAGGAUUAGAGGUUCUUGGUGAACAUACAGACCCACAACCAGGAUAAAUACAGGUUUCUUCAUUAUAUCAAAGUGGUAGGAUAAGUAACAGCGAGCUUACCCAUCAAUUUGUUACUUAAAAUAGUA